CGGGACUUAUGGGCUAUCAGGUUUUGAUCGAAAAUUAUGGUUGACCCGUAUUGCGAAAGCUUAUCUGGUUUUAUUCAGCUCAUCCUACACGCGCUGCUUUUCAAAACCUGCUACCUAAGCGUAAAGGGUUCUUCAAAAUAGCGCACAUCUUCUGAGGAGAAAGACAGUUGUGCUGAUAACAGUUCUUAAAGCCACCAGUUUGAGCACGAUCGAAUUAUAGAAGCCUUGUGAUAUUUCCAGAUGUCGACGAUGGCACCAGGAAUCUUCCCGUGGAACAGUGUAGAUGUCUUAGGCGAAGACAGUCUCUUUCGUUACGGGCGCGUGGUGGAUGUGGCGGGACGAGGGCAUAUACGUCGACUUGCUCUGUCCUGAUCGCCGACCUGAAUUCACGCCUUUCCAACGGAUUUUCCACAGCGAUGACAACCGAUAUCUUGACCAAAACGAUAUGGCCCAGAUGAGUCGCGUACCUGAACUGCCCGCAGAAGUUCUAAUGAGCGGGAGUGCCUCCGGUGCAUGGACCUGGUUCCCCGCAGAGUUACUCAUUCGGACCAACGACAUCGGGCACUCUAGUUACAGUGUGGUCUUGAUCCGCCGCGGGAAACCGGAGGAGUAUGCGGGUGUCAUUCCCAUGACGCGUACUCGAUGGAAGACGCCAUCCACUGAUCGGCGGACUCAGAUGGGGUGCAAAUAUCGCAGACACACUGUGGAUUUGCCGAUACACGUGGAGAAAGGGACAUUCGCCACGCAGAGUAUUCCGCUGUCAAUCGGUUAUCCCCGGGAACUGGUUACAGCAGCGCUGAAGCAACAGAAGCGACAGUUAAUUUCCCGUUCCGGAUACUCUGACCACGCUGUGAGCGUGGAGAUUGUGGACGGCAGUGUAGUGUACAUUCUGCGUCGAUCUGAUCCUGGUGCGAAAUGCGACGAAACUCAGUUGACACGGGAACUGGAAAUUCUCAACCGGCUCUACACCGGAUUGAUUAGUUCCAUGUCACGAGUGCAACAACAAGUAGUUCAGCUCUCAACAGCGAGUGGAGUCGCUGUUUUGCCGUUGGAAUUGUGGACGGAAGUUUUCACGUAUUUGGACACUGUGACCCAAUCCAAACUGCGUCUUGUAUGUCCAUUAUGGAACGACCUUUUGGAUUCAGCGUAUUUGAGAGCGAACCUCGUUCUCGAUAGCUCGGCAUUCACCAGUGCAGAUCCUAUUUAUACGCCAAUGUAUUAUUUAAUCGCAGCUCUCUUCCAGUGUUUCACAUCCGCGCAGUAUAUCGCUGUGGUUGAUCGACAGCGGCGGAUACGUGAAACGGGUGUCUGGGAACUGUUCGACAUUCUUAACUUCAUUGCACAGCGCCACAAUGGCACCAGAUUGAAAGCGGUUUUCUUGGUUGCGCUGCAUUUGCAUCUGCUGCGAUGUGGGCUUACCGACCGUCAGAAGCUUUACCAGCAUCUUCCAGGUGUCAGGAAUGACUUUCUGGAUUUGGAUCUUCCAUGUGACACCGCACAUAUUAUAAGAUGCACUAUCGUUUUGGAAUGCCGGAAGUCCGCUCAAUAUUCUAAGCGGAAGAAUGUUUCGCUCUCUGCCAAGAUUUCGGUGCAUCAGCAACGCUUUACCGGCGAUUUCGCCAGCGCGCUGUGGAGUGCCUUGGAAGCGGGAUUUUCAGCGCCAGGUCACACCGAACUGCGUCGCCUGGCCACGUGGUUGUCAUUGCACUCGCACGGCAAGCAAACACCGCGUGCGCAAGAAUGUGUGGCCUUGGUUUGCGAGACGUUAUGCGUGACGCAGACAGCGGAUCCGCGUCAUUCUCUGCAUUACCGCGGGAAGGAGUGGUGCGUGGACGGUUUGAAGGGAUUGAAGCUGAAGAAGCUAUCGCGUGUGGCGCAGGAUUUCCUCAUCCAGCUGAUGGGUGCCCUUUCUUGAGCAUAAUCCUUAGCUGUUCCCGGUCUCCAUUGCGUUGAGUUACGUAGCAGUGCGGUUUGA